AUGCCCACCUUCCUCACUCGCCUUUUGCGACCCUUCUCCUCCACAACCACAUCUCUGACACCGGUUGGCCCGAUAUCUUCACCCGCGGGUGCUCAAAAGGCCACCAUAGCAGCCGGUUGUUUCUGGGGCGUGGAACACAUGUUUCGUCGCGAAUUCAAGUCUCGCGGUCUCUACGAUGCUCGCGUUGGCUACAUCGGUGGCGACACCUCUUCACCUUCCUACCGCGCCGUCUGCAGCGGUAGAACAGGACAUGCCGAAGCUUUACAAGUCACAUACGACCCGGACAAGGUCAGCUAUCGGGAUCUGAUCGAGUUCUUCUAUAAGAUGCAUGAUCCUACGACAAGCGACCGACAAGGCCCAGAUACUGGAAGCCAGUACAGAAGUGGCAUAUUCUAUCACGAUGCGGAUCAGGAGAGAGUUGCCAGGGAGGUCACGAAACAGGUCAAUGAGCAGUGGUGGAAAGGAAAAGUUGUGACUGAGAUUCUGGAGGCGGGGGAGUGGUGGGAUGCGGAGGACUAUCAUCAAAAAUACCUGGAUAAUAACCCCGGAGGUUACGAGUGUCCAAGUCAUUUCUUGAGGAAGUUCCCACCGCUCAGCUAG